UUGGAGAUGUUCACCGUGAGAAGAGGACUAGAGUAGCCUUGUCAGAAACCAUUUGACAUCGAGAGAAUCAAACAUAGCCUACUUGCUGUGCGCUCUGUUGUGUACCAGCGUGGGUUCCGGUUGAUUUCUUGCAAUUAUUCAUUCAUGUGCGAAUAGUUUCGAAACACAAGUACUUGGAUUCAGCGAGAACAUCUUUCCGUGAAGUCAUUUUGGAAAUACCGCUACGGACGUGCAAGGUAUGGAUUUCAAAGGAUCGUACAAAUUACGUUAAGUUGCACUUCAAGGAUUUUUUACGGACUGUUGCUGAACUGCUGGGCACAACCUGAAUCUCUGCACUGACAGCGAGCCUAAUUCGUUUCAAGGUAUUGAGUGUAUGCAACUUUAUAGAAAUGUUUCAACACAACAAAAAGUGUUUUACCAUUGAAUCACUCGUCGGUAAAGAUGCCAAUUCCUCGACAUCUGGGGACGAGCCAAUCAGACCUACAGCGCUGAGAUUGACAGAGUCAGUUCACCCGGCGCCCUUUGGGACAUGCUUCCAGAAUUCCGGCAGGACCUUGUACAGUAGCCCGGAAAUGAUGUUCCAAGAUCCAGGCGCGCACGCUACGAAUCCCGCUCUGUCCCUCCACCAUCUCCAGAUCCCAUCACAGCAUUUCUUCAGCCCUCAUCAGAGAGACACCUUAAACUUCUAUCCCUGGGUCCUGAGAAAUCGAUAUCUUGGACACCGGUUCCAAGGAGAGGACAGCAGCCCAGAGAACCUGCUCCUGCACGGGCCGUUCUCCCGCAAGCCCAAGCGUAUCCGCACGGCCUUCUCGCCGUCGCAGCUGCUACGUCUGGAGCGUGCUUUUGAGAAGAACCACUACGUGGUGGGAGCCGAACGCAAACAGCUGGCCAAUGGCCUCUGCCUCACAGAGACACAGGUGAAGGUGUGGUUCCAGAACAGGAGGACCAAGCACAAGCGCCAGAAGCUAGAGGAGGAGUCCCCGGAGUCCCAGCAGAAGAGGAAGGGCAGCCAGCACGUCAGCCGUUGGAGGGUCGCCACGCAGCAGUCCGGCUCCGACGACAUUGACGUCACCUCCGAGGACUGAGGAGUCAAGGACAGCGGACAGGGACAUUCAGGACACCUCAGAGACACUGAAGAACACAGAGGAACACUGGGGAACACAGAGGGCAUUGAGAGGGACUGAAGAACACUGGG